GUUUAAAACCGAGAAUGUAGAGGUACUUCCUGUUUGAACCGGAAGUAGUGAGCGGAGGCGCGCGGUCUCUAUGGCAGCUGUGGGGGGAGAGGGAAGCGGUGGCGCUGACGACACUACGUGGGCAGGGAAGCCGACGCCUGGUCUCUUUUCGCUCCCGGCACCCUCUUGGGGCCAAGAUGGCGGCACGAAGCCACUUCCGGUGAGGGGGUCUGGAGGUCGACUGUUGUUCGCUGGGGGUUCUGGCGGAGAAAAAGUAGAAACGUCAAAAGCAGCGCCGCUGAAGCCAGUCUCUUAAGCUAUGGCUGUAGUCGUGGCCAAACGGGAAGGCCCCCAGUUCAUCAGUGAAGCGGCAGUCCGAGGGAAUGCGGCUAUCCUGGAUUACUGCCGGACGUCGGUGUCUGCCCUCUCGGGAGCAACGGCCGGAAUUCUUGGCUUGACUGGCCUGCAUGGAUUCAUCUUCUACUUCCUGGCCUCCGUCCUGCUCUCGGUGCUCUUGGUCCUAAAAGCUGGGCGGCGGUGGAGCAAGUACUUUAAAUCUCGACGACCCCUUUUUACUGGGGGGCUGAUCGGGGGCCUCUUCACGUACAUCCUCUUUUGGACUUUCUUGUAUGGCAUGGUGCACGUUUACUAGGAGGUGUGUGUGGGUUCAAAUGCAGCAGGCCGACAUUUGCCAGACCAUUUCCCCAGGAGUUUGUUGAUCCAUUCCUUGUACUGCUAACUCUGUCUGUAACUUAUGCUAGAAAACAAGCUUGUAGAAUCCUUCUAAUUAAAGGGAAUGCAAAAUA